UGUUUGUCAAAAUUCUGCCAUCCAUCGUCAGGAAGAAGAAGAAUCGUACAGCAAACAGUGAAUUCGCAAUGCCAAAGAAAAUGGGAAUUAACUCCAAGGCCGCCGAGGCACGCGACCGCAAGGAUGCGACCAAGAAGGCAAUACAAGAGCGCAAUGCACGUGAGGCAGAAGAUCGCCUGUGGCAGGACGAUGACAAGAACUUGGCCAAGAAGCAGCAGCGACGCGAAGAAGAAGAGCGCAAAAAAGCUGAAGCAGCGCGUCGCAAAGCGGAAUCGAAAGCGCUGCUCGACCAGGAGACCAACUCGAUUAAUACGCAGCGUAAGCAGCCACUGGCGAAGAUCAAUCGACAGCAGAUUCUUGAAGAGAUGGAGAAGAAACAGCGGGUGAUGGAUGCCAUCAACGAGGCCAACAAACCGCCGCCAACUCGAGUUGUUGUGCAGCACACGACGCUGGAGGAGAACUUGAAUCGCUCGCUGGCCGACACUGAUGUGGCCACCAAUGUGGACGAGGCGCUGGCCGUGCUCAGUGUCAACGAUGAUGAUGAUAAGCAUCCCGAGAAACGCAUGCGAGCCGCAUACAAAACCUUUGAAUCCAAUAAUCUGCCUCGUAUCAAGGCCGAGAAUCCUUCGCUGCGUAUGUCCCAGUGGAAGCAAAUGCUCAUGAAGGAGUGGAACAAGUCACCCGACAAUCCCUUCAACCAGGCACGCUAAAUUCCCUCCAUACACAACUUGUGAAUUUAUCAGACAUCGAGCGGACGACGUGGGAAGUCUCCCAAUAGAAACUGCAGAGCAGUCCUUUGAGAUUCCUGCUCGAUGUAGAUACAAAAUAAUUAUACUUUACGAUUAGAAUUCUCCUUUAAGGCGUGCGCAAUAAAUUUGCAGACUUUUAUUUAUUUAA